AAUCGGCGUGCCGCUUAGUGACCGCAGGGGAGGAGAGCAGCAAGAUGGCGGCGCCGGGAGAGGCGGCGGCCGUGGCGGCUCCCUCACAGCCCGAGGUGGCUGCGGGCUCGGSGGCCUCCGCCGUGGUGCUGCCGGAGCGGCUGCAGCGGCGGGAAGCGGAGCGGCAGCAGGAAGUGGAGCGGCAGCGGCAGAAGAAGGAGGCGCAGGUAGUGAAGGAGGAGCAGAGCGAGUUCUUUCUAGCCGCCUUCGCCCGGGAGCGGGAGGCCGUGGAGGGGCUGCUGGCGGCGGGGACGCUGGAGGAGGCGGCCGCUCGCCUGCAGGCUCUGCAGAAGCUGCUGACGGGCAGCGUGCGGUUCUUGGCACCCUAYGAGGUACGGCAGGGGCAGGAGGCCGUGGCGCGGCUGCAGGGGGACCUGGCGGCGCGACGGCAGCAGCUGCAGCCCAAGAAGAAAUUCGCCUUUCGCACCCUCAAGAAAGAAGCGGCCCCGGGCAGCGCYCCGCGCCCCGCCGAGCCCGCCCCACCGGCCCCCGCCGAGCCCGACCCCGGCCUCGCCGAGGGCGAUUCGGGCGGGCCGCUGUUMUGUGGGUUCAGUGGCGCCCAGGACGAGGAGCUGGAGCUCGGCCCCGCGGAGCUGCUGCAGCGGGACGUGCUGCUGUCGGAGCUGCGCGGCUGCCGGGUGCGGCUCCGCGGCAACCCCAAUACGCUGCGGGUGCGCGACUGCCACGGCUGCACCGUACUCUGCGGGCCCGUGUCCACUUCCGUGCUGGUGGACGGCUGCAGCGACUGCCUGCUGGCGCUGGCCUGCCAGCAGCUCCGCACCCACCGCACCCGCCACUGCCGCAUCUACGUGCAGGUGACCAGCCGGGCCAUCAUCGAGGCCUGCACUGAGGUCUCCUUCGCCCCCUACUCCUGGAGCUACMCUGGUAUCGAGAGAGAUUACGAGUCGUCUGGGCUGGACAGAAACAGUAACAACUGGAACCUGGUGGAUGACUUCGACUGGCUGGCGACGGACAAGCCUUCACCCAACUGGAGCCUGAUCCCCGAGCARGAAAGAAUCACUUGCUGGGACUGACUGCAGAGAGAUCCUGGUGUAAACGCAUUGAUCCACAAAGUGUGGGACUUAAUUCCCGAUAUGCCAUUAAAUGAUUCCAUUCGGUAUUUAAAUUGUGAAUUAUAUGGAUGGGUUUCUUAGUUGAGGAAUACCAGUCCAAUAGAGUUUACGUUACACAAGUUGCUGCUAUAAUCUUUAUGUAUCACUGUGGGAUUUGUCAACUUCUGAAGUACCUCAUUGUGAGUUUUACCUAAUUAAGGUGAGGCAAAGGCCACUGACACAAACAACAGUGAGCCUCUGUUAGAGCUAUGCUGCUUUCACUCACCCAAACAGAAUCUGAAUUAGCUGCAAGUAGUGCAAACUCUACUGGAAUGAAAAUAUCAAAUACCAAAUUUUUCAUGUUUUUGUGGUUCUYGUGUUGCUGGCAGCAGUACACUGUAUCUUAUGAGGAGUGCAGGACAGUUCUGCUGUAAGGUAAUGAGGGAAGAAAAGGUUAAUUUAAAGGAAAAGUUUGUAACUGAACAGUGUAGCAGACUGAGAUGCAUCCUAGGCUAUGAUACAAUAAUGAGCCUGUUUCUGUUGAUCGAGGUUAAACCUGUAAGUUGUCUUAAGGCUUUUAUUUCAAGUGAGAUAAGUUUAAAGAAACAAAGAGUUCCAAUAAACAUCUAAUGCUCUCCUAAUAUAUUAAUGAUUGCUCGAAAUUAACAAACCUCUGUAUAAAUAAAGCUUCACAAGCUGUAGAUGUUAKGUGAAAGGAUGCUUAUUCUGUAAGCAGCUCAAAGGCAUACAGCAAGAGCUGAUGAACAGCACUGAGGGUAACUGUUCCUCUGCAGUGUGAAGUUUCAGGGGAGAGGUGUUCAGGGAUAUCCCACUAUUUUACUGUACAACAGGCUCUAUGUGCUGUGAUCCUAAUUUGCAGAACUCUGCUACUGUGUAAGUGCAGUGUUGACAGAKGGAGUCAGUAAAACAGAAAGUGAGGUGCAAUAUUUCAGUUCCAAAAUUGCAUGUUAUCUUGCAUAAAGUGCAGAGUAAUUUAAGUCUUUUCAUUCCUGCUAAAUAUUAAUUWAAAAAGUAGCAGCACAGUGGAAUGCAAUGUCUUUACAGUGCCCUGUCAGUGGUGCUGAAGUGACCACUGUCCAUACAUAAAGUAUACAUAGCAGUUGUAGAUUUCUAAAACCCCUUAUUUUGUUACAUUUUGCACGAAAUAAUUGUUUCUCUUGCCUUACCAUAAAGCUUUCUUYUAAAACUACAAAGUAUUAUGCUGGGCAGCCAUCAACUAUGUGCCUCUAACAGACAGUAAAUCUGAGCUGAACCAUCAAAAAUUGCACCACUGCCAGAAGUACCUGAAACUUCGCUUAGGUGCUUGACUGGUUUUGAGCAGAAUUUUUUUUUGUGUAAGUUGUUUUCAUCAUAUUUAAUUUAAAAUGGGAGGGGGAAAGGGAUUUCUUUAUAUUCCUGAUAAAUUUCAGUUUUGUUUA